GUCACGUGAUGAGCGUCCUGCUGCCCAACAUGGCGGAGUUCGACACCAUCUCGGAGCUGGAGGAGGACCGGCCGGCGCAGGCCGCCGCCGUGGCCGACCCCGACGACGACGAGGACGACGAGGACGACGACGACGAGGACGACGAGGACGACGACGACGACGAGCCGCCAAGGGUGGUGAGCGAGGAGCACCUGCGGAGCUACGCGCCCGACCCGGUGUCGGUGCGAGGAGCCGGACACAUCACCGUGUUUGGCUUGAGCAACAAGUUUGACACUGAAUUUCCCUCUGUUCUGACAGGGAAGGUGGCUCCGGAAGAAUUUAAGACCAGUAUUGGCCGGGUGAACGCCUGUUUGAAAAAGAACCUUCCCAUCAAUGUCAAGUGGUUGCUCUGUGGCUGUCUGUGCUGCUGCUGUACGCUGGGCUGCAGCCUGUGGCCCGUAAUUUGUCUCAACAAAAGAACUAGAAGAUCGAUCCAGAAGUUAUUAGAAUGGGAAAAUAACCGAUUAUAUCACAAGCUUGGUUUGCACUGGAAGUUGAGUAAAAGGAAAUGCGAAUCUAGCAAUAUGAUGGAAUACUAGACGUAAAGGUCACGGCUGGCGCUGCGGGAAAGAGAAUCGGGAAGCCCGACGGCCCACCUAAAAAUCCAGUUCCGACCUCCCCGUUGUGUGCCCGUUCCUGUUUCUCCUGCCGUCCGUCUUGGAGCGGAGAGUCGUGAGCCGGCCCGUAAUUGGCUUCAGAGAUGGCUCGGGGGCCACCGUUUGCCCCGCGCGCGUCGGUCCUGCCGCAUCCCCCCGUCGGCAGCCAGGAGACGGAUGGCGCGUCCGCCUCGUUCCGUGUCCUGUAAAUUGCCUUUUUUAAUAAUGUUGGUAUUUGUUAAGCGCUCACUAUGUGCAGAGCACUGUUCUGAGCGCUGGGGUAGA